UCUUCGUCUGCUCGAGUGCUCCUCUGUCUUGUUGACUUGUUUGGAAAACUAAAAGUAAACAGAAACACUAAACAAAACUUACUGCCUUUGCUUUCAAAAAACAAUAGCUGUGCUGUGAAGAAGUGGGUUGUGUAGUGUUGUGCCAGUUCACAGUUGUGGUUGUGCAUUGUGCAGACUGCAGUGCUGAUUGCAGUGCAGUGUGCUGUGUGCUGUGCUUAUUGGUUUGGCUUUGGCCGGGUUGGGUUUGGUUUUGGAACUACACUGCUUUUAUCAAAUACCAAAAUAGAUCUAUUCUAAGCUCUCAGGAACUAAGCUCGUGCUGUGGUGUCUAGUUUAUUAACUAUUUGUCAUUAUCGGAGAUGGCGUCCUCAAGGGUCGUAAAAUUAUUCAGAAACAAUUCUGUCAAUUUUAUCAAGAAUCACCAAGUUAGAUCUGCAACUACUACACCCACAGGAGCACUUUUACCAGAGCCUCAGAAAACACCAUUCGGUCUGGUAGGAAUCGUUUGUGCUGUAGUCCCAGGACUAUUAAUUGGAGCGACCAUCAGCAAAAACAUAGCAAAUUUUCUUGAAGAAAACGAUUUGUUUGUUCCUAGUGAUGACGAUGAUGAUGAUGACUAGGCCAAAAGUAGGACAUUUUUCCGACUUCCUUGACUUAUGAGCAGUGAAUUAUGUUCUAGCAGUGAAAAUAUUUGCGCAACCUAAGUUAAAUAGCACCCUUGGAUCUCAGGAGAAUCUGUAGCCACAAGAAGUCCAGAUAACCAGCGUAAGCUUGCAAUCUAAAAUAAUUUGAAGUUACUUCAUGUAUAUGUAUCGUUACUAUUAAGUUUUUUUUGUUAAUAUUAUAUGACUAUUUAAAAUUGUA